CUUAGAAUUCUCAUUGUUCGUAAUACGAGCUUUUCACAUGAGCCUAGUUGUCUCCCAAAUAACUUGAGGCUACUUGAUUGGAAGAAUUACCCUUCACAAUCUUUCCCUUCAGAAUUUAACCCCAGGAAAAUUGGGGCAUUCAAUUUAAGUAGAAGUCCUCUACUCAAACUGGAAAAGCCAUUUAAGAGAUUUCAGCAUCUGACUUAUAUGAAUAUAUCUUACUGUAAUAUGGUUACUGAAUUUCCUGAUGUGUCUGAGGCCAAAAAUUUAAGAGAAUUGAGACUCGAUGGAUGCGAGAAACUGGCUACUAUUCAUGAAUCAGUUGGACUUCUGGGUAACCUUGUUUUUCUAAGCGCUUCAGAAUGCAACCUACUCACAAAGUUUGUGCCAACAAUGUAUUUGCCUUCUCUCGAAUACCUUUCCUUAAACCUCUGCACAAAACUAGCAUUCUUCCCAGAGAUCAGCGGAACGAUGAACAGCAAAUUAAAGAUUAAUAUGUUGGAUACAGCAAUUAAGAAGCUUCCAGAAUCCAUUGAGAAACUUACUGGGCUUAACUCUCUUGAGAUGACAGAUUGCAAGGAACUUCAACAUAUACCAAGUACUUUAUUUACGUUACCAAAUUUUGUCACAUUAAAAGUUGGAGGAUGUCGUCGACUUCGAGAGUCAUUUACAAGGAUCAAAGGAAGUGAUUCAGUUCACCCAAAACUCGAGACAUUACAUUUCGACAAUGCUUAUCUAUCAGACGAAGAAGUUCGUAUGAUUAUGUACCAUUUUCCUAACUUGAAAGAGUUAAAUAUAUCGUGCAACCCAGUUGUGCAUCUCCCAGCAUGCAUUAAAGAAUCCACAAAUUUGACAAGUCUUCACCUGAGGUAUUGUCAUCGCCUUCAAGAAAUUCCAGCACUGCCGUCAAGCGUUCAGAAAGUAGAUGCAAAAUACUGUUAUUCCUUAACAUCGAAGUCAUCAAACAUCAUGUGGUCUCAGGUUUGUAAAGAGAUGAAAAGAUUAGAAGUGGCCAUGCCGAAAAAGAAGAUUCCAGAAUGGUUCGACCAUGUUAAUGAGGGAGGGAUUCCAUUUUUCAAUGCCCGUAAAAAGCUCUCGGCUGUUGCUCUAGCUUUAGUGUUCGGUGAAGUGGAUGCCAAACCCGACAGAGAAAUAAUGGAAGGUCGGUGGAGAACUGUUGGAAUGCACUUAUUCAUUGAAGGUGAACGCAGACGGUACCAUAAUUUCAGUGUGGCCGAGAAUCAUGUGUUGUUGUGUGACCUACGAGUUUUGUUCAAUUUGGAAGAGAGGGGGGAUUUAGGUUUUGGAGUUGGAAAGGAUUGGAAGAGCAUACAAGUUUUCUGUGAAACAAACUUGAGUCUGUGUUCAUGGGGAGUGUAUGUGUACAAAACGGAGACUAACAUGGAGGAUAUCAAGUUCACGAGUGAAGAUCCUGGUUCCUCUUUGGUGUGGAGUGACGACCAGAUAAUCAGUGAUAUGCAUAAAAUAGCAAGCAAGAAAAUAAGUUUGAAUCUACCAGAAAUGCAUAGGGAGUUUCGUAUAUGGAGGACUGGAUCUCGAAAACACGGGUCUUUUAAAGAUGGAAGUAGCCGAGAUUUGGAAAAAGCAUCGAGAAGGGUGAUGGCCUUAAGAGAGGAGGAAGGUGGAUCAGGAAUGAACAUUGAGGAUGAGAAAAAUGAGGAGGUGGAUUCACUGUUGGAUAUGCUGGCAACCGCAGAACUUGAUAAACAUUUUCAUCAACCUAGCAACACUCACACAGAACCCUUUACUUUGCAAUGUUGCUGUCAAUUUUAAGGAAACUUCUCUGCG